AUGUCGGUUAUCGGACCUCAACUCCCUUACCAUCCAGAACGAUCUCGAUCUCGAUCCAGAUCAGCCUCGCUUUCGUUUUCGUCUCGCUCGUCAUUUGCUGGUUCUUGCUCGAAUCGUUCUGUCUCGCCAUCCGGCUCCGAUGCUUCUGCGAUCCAGACCACUCGACGCGUGGUUGCAGGCCCUCACCUCCCAACCGACUUUGUUCGCGCUCGUUCUCGUUCUCACUCAGCAUCCAGUUUCGGCUCAAAUACAGUGUCAUCGGACGAUCAAGUGGGGCCAUCCAUCGGACCGGCUGUGGCGUCACCAACCACAGGUGCGCAAAAUACACUGGGUGAAGGAGCCAGACAGUUUCUCGAACGAGAAGCACGCAAAAAAGCGGCUGAGGAGGAUGCGAAAAUAGCAGCGCACAAAGCAGCCAAUUCUCGCCCGGAAUGGAUGCUGGUUCCACCGUCGCUGUCGAAUUCUGCAUCGUUGCAGACGGUAGCCGGCGAUCCGCUCAAGCUCAAAUCGCGUGGGUUUGCUCAGACUACACCCAGGGUUUCAGCGCGUGGCGGUGGUAGAGCCAAUGCAGAGGAGACAGAUCUAAGCGCUUGGACCGAGACACCCGAAGAACGACGUUUGAGGAUGCAGGAGCAAGUGUCGGGUCUCAGAGCCACGAGCGGAACGAGCGUCAACGAAAUGGAAGCCUUAGAGAAAGAGAGAGGGCAACGAAGGGACUCGAUCGUCGCUGCCGCAGUGGCGGGUGAGAGGAGUGCCAAGAAGAGUUUGGUGGAGGAGCACAACGAGAGAAGAAAGAGAGAGCUCAAAGACAAACUCGAGGAUGCGGCGAGGCGAGACAGGAGAAAGGAGAAGCGAACGCGACAUGAUCACGACGAUGGCAAGAGCGAGAAGAGAUCAUCUCGACACAGCCACAGUGACGACCGUGAUCGUCGGAAAAGGCACCGAUCCAGGUCAAGCUCGCCGGCUGCCAGGGAUAAGCCAAAAGAUCGACAUGAACGGACACACGGGCGUAGAAGUUGUCGACACGACGACUCGCAUCGCUCGCAUAAAAGCUCGCGGCACAGACGCAGCGACGACGAACAAUUGGGAUCAAGGAGAAAAGAAUCAUAUCGCUCGCGCUCGCGCUCUCGCUCUCGCUCUCGCGACCGGGACAAGGACAAGGACAAGGACAAGGACAGGCACACACAUGGCGGCCGAGAUCGAGAGCGCCAGAGCACAAAGUCACGCAAACAGAGGGAAGAGGACGAGGUUCGUUCAGGCAGAGCGGCAGCACCGAUGAUUUGGGAUCGUGACGCAGCGCUGAGUAUCGGCGCAAGUCUGAUGGACCAAACGAAGCGAAGCAAGAUGAUGUCGGAUGCGCAUGCACUUGGAGACCGUUUUGGCAGCGGUUCUCGACGUUUCCUGUAG